CUCCAACAUCAUCAUUCAUUCCUCCCGGAGGUUCUCUAGAUAGCCGUCCGCUCGUCUGAUAGCUACCCCCCUAUCACACCACCAUGCGUUUGGGAACCUUCUCGCUGCUCGCUCUGGGAGCGACGACGGCGAACGCAAUCCGCGACACCUCUCCCUUUUUCCUUGCAUCGACCUCCCAGAUCCCUUCUACGUCGGCACAGCUGCGGACUGCUCCCGCUAUCUUAGAAGAUCUGUCCACGGGGCUGAGUGGCUGCCCUUCCGACUACUAUGUUAUUGCUUCUCAGCCCGGUGUGCACAGCACCGACUUCGCUACUCGCCAAUCCGCACCGCGCCUCGGUGGGAAGAUGACGGGGAAGGACAAGAACAUCCGGACGAAGACGAUCGUGAAUGAAGUUGUGGGCGAGAUUGAGGCGAAGGAUGUCCAGAAGCUGCUCGAGAAGGAGUGCGGGGCUGAAUCGACCUUGAUCGACGCUUCCUCUGAUUCUCACUCUGCCGACUUCGAUGCGGAGUCCCGCAUCAUCGUUGUUGACUUGCCUGUCCUGCCUGCGGGACAUGAUCGGAAGAAGCAGCUUUCGAACAACGAUGGCUUGCUCUUCAACGUCAUUGACCGACUUCCCGAGUCCAAGGGCUACACGAUCCUCUACGUCACUUCCCCGAGGGAACUCGAAGACACCGGUUCCGAUUUCUACCAAGCGGAACAGGAUCCCCUUCACAUGGACCUCAAGCGCGACUACUCUGCUCAUGACAGUCAAUCUUCGUCCAACAAGACUCUUUUCCAGGAAUACCAGUUCUUUACACCCGGCAUUUGGAUGGGAAUUCUCGCGACCCUGGUGUUCCUGAUGAUCUUCUAUGUCGGACUGUCUGCUCUUUUGAGCUUGGAGGUUCCCUAUGCAGCAUUCGAGAAGGACACAUCGGCCGCUGUGCAGAAGAAGCAGCAGUGAUUAGCGGUUGUUCUUCCAGAUUCGUGUCAUUAGUCUUGCUUCUUCUUUGCAUAAUUUGCUAUAUUAUGAAUAGGCUGUAUAUCAGCGAAGCGGCGUUUGCUUAUUUGUGGAAUCUAUCAUAUUGUACGAGUGAAAGUGGCACCCCACUAGGUAUCGUUUGGGAGUCGAGGUAGAUAUCUAACCAUCGAACAUGAUUGAUGAC